AUGGAAUCAUUGGCAACAACCAUUCGUUUGGUUACGCUAAACUGCCGAACACUGUCGAGUGAACUCCAACAAACCGCCCUGUCCAGGGUUCUGCAAUAUCUCUCUGUGGCGUUUGCUCCACUGCAGAAAACACGCAUGCGAGAUACACCCAUCAAUAGCAUCGAAAAUUACGCCAUGUACUGCUGUGAUGCUGAUGAGAAGAAAGUGAGUGGCUACGCAGUAGUUGAGAGGAACGAUUGCAACGGCAUGGUGGAAGAGUUUGGCUCAACGCCGUCUAGAUGGGCUUCGUACGACUGCGAGAUCGCAGAGGAUGUAAACAGUGGAUCGCAAGUGCUCACGCAUCUACAUAAACCGUUGAGGACAACAGUAAGGACGCCUUCUACAAUGAAAUCAAAGCGAUUUGAUAAUAGUACUAUUAGUAUAUAA